ACAUUAUAUUGAUGCUCACAAUCAUUCAUGUUCAAGUAGAAGCCUAAUAAAAAUUAAAAAAAAAAAAAAUUUGUUUUUGCAUAAAAACGGCUUCACAUGGGCCGGCCGAGCCUGCGAUUGGCAAAUAAAAGAUGAGAGAAGCUUCUCUUGCAAGUUGCAACAACACAUUAUGCUUCACCUUCAACAACACAUUCUCUCAUUAUCGUACGAAACGAACUCCGAAACCAUGGAAAACGCAGUGAUGCUUCUCUCUCCCUUGGCGGCGGUGAAAUCGCCGAAGACGUCUCCAAGGAAUCUAUCGGUUGCUGCUGGCUCAUCAACUCUGACGGCCGUGAAGACGCCAACCUCCGCCGCUAGCGUGAGUCUUCUUUUACCUUCUCCGUCGACGCCAACCUCCCACGAUUCCAUUAGGUCAGAAUCAGCCAGGAAACGGAGGAAGCUCUCUCAGACCACCGCUGCUAUAUCAGACUUUGGGACUAAGUCUGGCUUUGAGUUCGGGGCCACCAAGAAGCGCAAGCGCUUGUUCUGAUAAGGAAACCAAAACCAAGUCUAGAAACAUUAUUCUUCUUAGGUAAUAAUCAUUACAAACUAAUUACCACCACAACAAAAAAACCAAUAUGCUCUCCAAUAUUAUGUGGUUGGAUAUGAGUGUUUGUUUGUUUUCUUGCGAACAACUAUCGGAUAUAUACUAGUAUAUUUGUAUGAUGCAAA